AUGGAAAAGGGUCUUUUUGACGAAUCAUCCUCGAGUGAAGUUUCUCAAGAAGGCUGGGAUAAGAUGAUCGAAGUCUGGAAGAACACCGUCGACUGUCAAAAGCUGCAUGAGGAUAAUACCGAUGUCGAUUGGAACGAGCCGCUAUGCUUUGCAUUAUCGAUUGCCAUGGCGCGCAACCAGAAGUCAAUGGAUACGCGGGCACCGGAAGAUAUGUCAGAGCACGCUUUGGCAUUUUUACUUGAGAGAUCAUCCGACAACGGGUUGUUCCCAGGAAAGCCUGAUCAGCAAGGUUCGCCUUGCAUGUACAAGGACGAGAUUGCACGAGACAAUUUAAGGGGAGUUACCUUCGAAAUCCCGUACCUUUUUUGGAAGCACUCUUCUUCUCUCGGGGUCAAGCCUGAAAUUGUCAAGGGUUCCCAAGAGACGAGUCCGACAGACGAUACGAAGUCCCCUAGCUCCAGAUCUUCAUCUCAGCCGGAAUUCAACAGGAAGAUUCUUUCACUUCUCAUAGAUCUCACGCAACAGAAACGAGAAAAAAACGACAAGAAGGCCUCUAGUUCUUCCAUGAAGCAUCACUUCCCGUUCGGCAAUACAAUAGAGCUACAAAACAUUGUCGAGCUUGAAGACGAAUGGCUGUACAACAAACCCCUCUUUCUCAGCCAAGAUGCUUUGGACAUGCCAAAGACAACUGAUGACACGCCUAUUCUGGGUGUUGUGAUCGAUGUGCCCAAGGCUGGCAAAGGAGCAGAGGCUAGGAAGGAAGACUCUCGGUCGGUAAAGAUAUCUAGGGUCAGCACAAUGGAAAACCUUUUGGACCGGAGGCUCAGAACGCCCAAAGAUGCUAAGAAAAGACUCUGGGCCAUGUUCUCCGCUGGACCGGAUGAUAUCACUCAUUGUGAGAACACUGUUGGACCAGAUCCCAUUACGCAGCACCAGAUGGCCAAUUUCCACCAGAGCCACAAAUCUUUUGAAAAACAUUUUGACGAGGAGACUGUGGCAAAGCUGAGUACAUGA